UAUAAUUUUUUAUACUAGUUGAAAAUGUCAGGAAUUCCUCCGAAGUCGUGGCAACCACCGUGCGUCAUCGUUGAGACAAGCAUGGGUAAAAUGGAGGUGGAACUUUAUUGGAAACAUGCCCCAAGAACAUGUGCAAAUUUUGCAGAAUUAGCAAGAAGAGGCUACUACAAUAACGUAAAGUUUCAUAGAAUCAUCAAGGAUUUCAUGGUCCAAGGGGGAGACCCUACUGCUACUGGCAGAGGGGGUGCUUCCAUUUACGGGAGGUCCUUUGAAGAUGAAAUUUCAGCUGAUCUUAAGCACACAGGUGCAGGUAUAUUAUCAAUGGCUAACAGUGGUCCCGACACCAACGGCAGUCAGUUCUUCAUCACAUUAGCUCCAACUCAAUGGCUGGAUGGCAAGCACACAAUUUUUGGUCGGUUGUCAAAAGGCAUCCAGGUUUUGAACAGGAUAGGUCUUGUUGAAACAGACGAUAAUGAUAAGCCUCUUGAAGAUAUAAAAAUUCUUACUUGCCUAGUACCAAGCAUAAGGCUUUGAUUGACAGUUCUGUAUUUCAUUUAUCUUACUUUGAAAAUUUUUUCAACUAUUUUGUUAAAAUAUAUAUGUCAUUAACAUAUACUGUGGCGAUUUGACUUUGAUUUUACGGCGUUUGAUGAUUAUUGAAUUAGGAUGAGCAUAAACCGCAUUCAAUGUAACAUUCAAUGUUAUUUUUGUGUUUAGUGGUGCGUGACGUUUUUU